AUGGCGAGGGCAGCUGACGGGAAAUUGACAAUUAUCUCCCUGUCUCUUUCUAGACACCCACCAUCGGCAAAACUCGUCGGCCUACAUGGCGAAGAAGAAGAACUAAUCCGACGUGGUCUCGAAACCGCUAACCGUCUAGCCGAAUGGUAUAAAGAACGGAAAGAAACCAUCGAGCGGCGUCAACGACUCCUCGAAAAAGGCUGCGUCUCACUGGAUACGGCCGUCCACGAACAGAAAUUGAACUUCCUGAGGGCGCACGUCACAGAAUUGAAUCGAAGGAUGGUGGCGUUGAUGGAGACGAGUGAGAAGGGUUUCCACACAUGU